GGGAGAUGCAAGACACUCCUUGACAAUUUUCAAAUGCCAGCACCAGACAGCUGUUGGACACUUGUGGGAAGAGAGCUGCGUUGUACACGUACAAUCCUUGCCAGCACUUUGAUUUUAAUUUCUCUUCGGUUUUGACAUUGUGCAGUCAUUUGUCCUCGAACGCUCAUAGCCUCAUUCGUUCCGUCAGACUUUUCGGUGUGAGUGUGCAUCUAGCGCUCCAAACUCUUGCCAAGGUAUCGAAGGUUCUUUGUCCCCUCGUCUCAUCGAAUUUAUUAUCGUUCUUUAUCCACAACCCGGUACAUUGAUACCGCACCCGCCUACUGUAUGGCCCAAACUCCGAAUCACACAAAGUCCAAUACCCAGGAAGCGCACGGUAAUGAGCCUCUAAUAUCGCCCACAUACUCGGACAAGGAUGCAGCAAGCUCGCCGGCCCAAUUCGAUGUAGAGGCACUUGACGAAAAGGGAGCUCAAAGCGGGGCGUCGCUGAUCCCCAAAUCAUCAAGUUCGAAGUUAACUCAAGUUUCCUCUUGGGCAUGUAUCAUUGUCAUUGGGCAACUAGCCAUCUUGGCAGUAGCCUUGACAUUCUUCAUCCUCAUCCACUUCACGCACACCCCGAUGCAGAAGAAUGUAGCCGAAUGGGCAAAUGACUCUCCUCGUGGCCUAGCCUUUUGCGUGACUAUUCUGGCGACUUUGUUCUCUUCUCUUUCAACAUUUUUGUUUUCCAAAGGCCUCAUCUUGUAUCUCACAUCACACUCUAACCGCCCCGCGCCGCUGAUCAAUUUCCUGACCGUCUCGAGUCUGUCCCGAGGAGCCCCCCUGUUCUCGCGGCAUCACAUCAGCUGGACGAUUCUGUCGAUGUUGGCAUUGGUCCUAGUGAACUCCCUGACUGCAAGUUUUACAACAAUUAUCACCCCUACCCCCAUGGUAGUCAAUGUGCCCAUCAGAGGAACAGAAUUUAAUCUAUUCAGUGAAACAUUCGCCCAUCUCGUGGCCGAUCCCGAAAAAUCUAAAGCCUUCCCCAGAAUAUCUGUAGACCAAGCCAAAAUAAACAAACAAAUUUCUGCCGUAAUUGGCCCUGUUGGUUUGACGUCUGCUUAUACUUCUGCCAGCAGGGAACUUGGUUAUCCUGGAGUCAUCACUUAUUUGGGAACCUCAUUCAACUCGACUACUGGAGGGAUUGUCCCAGCUGUUCCUGCCAUGCAAGAUGCCAUGGAGGUAGACUCAGACCGUCCUUUCAACCAUAACUUUCGACGUUAUAAACCUGCGUUCCAAUUCGUGGAUCCGAGUUUCAAGCCUUCCAAGAAAUUUUCCUUCAACUUUACCACCAUUCAGCAGGGAUUUACGGUUGAUGUGAAGUGUCAAGCCCUCCCAGCAAACCCCACUGCCCAAGAACCAGCUAUGAGGGUCCAACUUGAGAACAACGUCACCCUUCCCGGCCAAACCUUGAAUAGCUCUCUGUGGAGAUAUUCUGUUCAAUGUCCGAGUCAAAAUUUGCCCCCACCGCCCACAAAUCAAUCAAUCAUAAUGAAUUCAACCGGUAGCAUGCUCCUCAGUGAAACCUGCUCAGGCGUUACUUUCGACGGCCAAGAAGUUCCUGGUUCUCAACUGUUGGUUCUGGCAGGCUAUGGUCCUAUGUACUCUUAUAUCACACCGCGCGCAUGUCAAUUCACGCCCUACCUCACGCUUGCUGAAGUCCAGUAUUCCAACAUCGUCAACGUCAGCCGAGUUAUCUCCAGAGAGCCUGUAACACCUUUAACAGCUCCCAUCACCUAUACGGUAUAUGCCGCAGUGAAGGAUGCCAUGACGCAAUAUGUGGCCAAUCAGCGAAACAAGGUUGGCGACGACGUGGCUGCUCUGUACGGAAUCUCAUCCAGCAUCGACUCUUCCAAUGACCCGUUGCUAAACACCAUUCUGGAAGCUUACCUUCGUGGUCUCAUCGAAACCCGCGCCACGAUCGAUAAAACACCACCCCUCAGCGCCGGGCGUGGUCAUAUAAUGGCCGCUUCGAUUCACGAUCUUUCACCUGAAUGGACAACCCGCUUCGAUGGCGUGUGGUCCUAUGAAACCCUUGGAUGGCACAAGGCGAACGAGAGCAUCAAAAGCACAAUCAUUGGAAUCGUGCCAAUCUUGUUGAUCACGAUUACGACGAUCUUCUUGGUUUUAUUCUCAUGGUUAUCCCUCAAAGGCACCCAGCAUCUGAGAGAUGAACCUUUUGAUCCCAACAAUCUAGUGACGUUGUUAAAAGCAGGACGCGAUGGUGCAAUGGUCGAUAUUCUUGGUAGCCAACAAACGUUGGGCUCGGCAGCUAUCGGACGCGAUGUCAGGAUCCAACUUCACAGAAACGCAACCCAAUGGGAGCUGCGCCCUGUGAAGGUUGCGUAGGCGCCUCAAAGCGGUGGUCCAACAGUUGUGCCCUCAGAACUUCUUUCUUCAAAUUUGCACCCCUGAAAUAUCUCCUAUACACUUCAUUCCUUUUCUCUUUUUCGGCUUGCUUUGAAGUCAUAUUUUGUCAUACCCCAUGGUGUGUAUUGCAGGUGCCUCAACUCAAGGCGAUUGUGAUGAUGUUUGUUGUUUUGAUGUUUCCGCUUCAUCACUUUGAAAUUACUGCAAGAGAAAGGACUCUUGUUGAAUCACAAACCUGGAUUCCGCUUCAUCACUUUGAUGAAAUUGCUGCAAGGGAAGGG